UGCUUUUACGCUGAAACUCUUGCUCUUCUCUUAUUGCAACUUGCAACCUUCUCUCUCACACAACAACCACCAUUUCUGUGUCAAAAAACUAUCAACCUUCCUUGCAUGCACUCACUUCAGCUACUUUCUUUCAAAAACCAAAUACUAACUUCAUCAUAUGAAGUGUGCAACAGAAGUUUCAAUUAAUUUUUUUGGUAGUACUAAUUAGUCAUAGACGUUGAUCAAUAGAGUAACGAGUUCAUUUAUAUUUGCAUUCAUUGAUCUACAUAAAAAAAUAAAUAUAUAUCACAUCAUCAAUCUCAAUGGCUCGUUCAACAACCAGUGCUAAUAACUGGCUAUCGUUUUCACUCUCACCCAUGGAAGAUCACCUUGUUCAUCAAUACGACGCCGCUUCCGCCACUUCCUCUCACCACUACUUUCUCGACAACUUGUAUGCUGCUAACGGUGGUUGGGGGAACUCGAAGUCUCAGACACUCUACGGCGAGGAGCAAGUGGAGCAACAGCAACAGCCACCGUCGUUUCUUUUCAUGAACGCGUUGCAGUCGCAGAGCGUGAGCCACGCGCCGCCGCCGAAGCUGGAGGAUUUUCUCGGAGAUCAUAGCCAGACAGAGACGCAGGACUCUUCCCUGACUCACAUGUGCGACCACCACAACCACCAUGCCUCCUCCGCCGCUUACUUCGGAAGCGACCACCAAGAUCUCAAAGCCAUUGCAGCGUCCUUCCAAGCUUUCUCCACCAACUCCGGCUCAGAGGUGGAUGACUCUUCCUCCAUCGGGAAAUCUCAACCCAACGAGUUCGCUACUCGCUCCAUCGAGUCUUCCGGUAACGAUUUCGGCUUCUCCACCGCCGCAACCGCCACCGGAGCGUUAUCUCUCUGCGUUGCUCAGAGUCCCCAGGAGGUUGUUGUCGCCGCUGCUGAUUCCGACAGCUCGAAGAAGGUCGCUGAUACUUUCGGUCAGCGAACUUCCAUUUACAGAGGUGUAACCAGGCAUCGAUGGACGGGUAGAUAUGAAGCGCAUCUAUGGGAUAACAGCUGUAGAAGGGAGGGUCAGGCAAGGAAAGGGCGUCAAGUCUAUUUGGGUGGGUAUGACAAGGAAGAAAAGGCAGCAAGAUCCUAUGAUUUGGCAGCUCUAAAGUAUUGGGGUCCCACCGCUACCACCAACUUCCCUGUUUCCAAUUACUCAAAGGAACUGGAAGACAUGAAACAUGUAACAAAGCAAGAAUUUAUUGCAUCCUUGAGAAGGAAAAGUAGCGGGUUUUCCAGAGGAGCUUCAAUCUAUAGAGGUGUCACAAGGCAUCACCAACAGGGUAGAUGGCAAGCAAGAAUUGGCCGCGUUGCCGGGAACAAAGAUCUGUAUUUAGGAACAUUCGCAACUGAAGAGGAAGCAGCAGAAGCAUAUGACAUUGCAGCCAUAAAGUUCAGAGGGGCAAACGCGGUAACCAAUUUCGAGAUGAACCGAUACGAUGUGGAAGCCAUAAUGAACAGUUCUCUUCCAGUUGGAGGUGCAGCAAAACGCUUGAAGCGUUCUCUGGAAUCAGAACAGAAAGCAGCAGCUCAACUGAGCACAACUAGUCAUCAACAUCAUCAGCAGUAUUCACAGAGUGGUGCAAACAUGAGUAACAGCAUCAAUUUCUCAGCCAUUAUUCCUCACCAGCCAGCUGCAGCUCCAAUCCAAUAUGCAAUUCCUUAUGAUUCAACGACAGCGUAUUAUCAUCACAGCCUCUUCCAGCAUCUUCAUCAAUCCAACGAUGGCACUGCAGAGUCUGGUGUGAGUUCUAACAAUGUUGCUGGACUGACUCCUCUGCCAGCAUCAGCACCUGAGUUCUUUCUUUGGCCUAAUCAGAAUUAUUGACAUCAUCAAAUGGACUAAUUUUUUGCUCCUGCUAACAAGUAACAAAUGAAAAGCUAGCACAGUUUGGCUGACAAGCUUCCAACCCCUCUCUAUAAUUUGACCCUUUGAUUAGAUGCUAAGAAAGAUUGAUAUAGGAGGUUUCAUUUUUGUGUUCGCUACUAGCCUUAGUUACAGGGGUAAGCUAUCUAACUUUCCAACAUUGAGAAAUACAUUCAGUCUUGCAAAGAAUUCCUAUAUGCUUCUCUCAACUUGCACUUUUGUUUUAUCAGCAAUUUGGCUUCUUAUAGUGUUUUUUUUUCCUCCA